AUGUUUUUUGAGAUGAAACAACGAUCUCUGUUGAGAACCUCCUCCAGACAGGUUUGGGUUUGUGGUGGUCCGUCAGGUGCUUGCGACGAUAUCGUCGACCUCACGGAGGAAGAUCAGGAGCGACUCCUCGCCGUUGGCAAAUCCGACCUGAUCGGAGGAAACUUGAUCAGUCGCUCUAUUGCCGUUCAUCGUCUCCGAAACGAACUCCUCGGGCUGGCGGAGGAGCACCAGAGUGCCACCAUCCUAUACAACGACACCAAAGAGGCCCUCGGUCGUCUCUACAACCAAGUUAGUCACGCCCGUUUCAACUACGUCCGCAAGGUCACCUACUCGGAGUUGCCCAUGGUCAAGGGCAUUCGCAAUCAGGAUGUGAAGACGAUCAGUGUCUGGAAGGAAGAGGGCGAUGCUUCGGACUGGAAGAGUCACCUCCCGGCUCGUUCCACCCUUUUGGCCUGCCGCAUGGCCAACGUAUCCAACAGUCUCCCCGAGCAAGUGACUGAUUGCCUCUUCCGCCUUGGCAUGGCUCACCUUGCCGAGAUUCGCCCAAUGCAAGCGAGGGACUUGGUACGCCCUGAUGGACGAUUGAAGAGAGAGAAAAAGAGAGACAAACAAUAUGUUAGCAAGAACAACUUUAUGCAUGAUGAGUACGCGGCAGACUAUUAG